AUGUUCGCCAAGGCCGGAGCUAUUACUGUUGCCAUUCUUGGCGCCCUUCCCGCAGCUCUUGGCUGUCUGGGGUAUGAGGGAGGUGUCCCCAAGCCCACGUCGACCAAGCAGAUCUCUGCGCCUAUUUACGUCAAGGCUGGCCAAGUCUUCGAUGCAGGCUGGGCCAAGUACGACAGAAACCCGUCAUCCUGCAACGGACAACAGGAAGGAGGCGAGAAGGACACCGCUUUUGUCGUGGAGAAGGGCGGCACCCUGAGGAACGUAAUUAUCGGCAAGACAGUCGGCGAGGGCGUGUACUGCAAGGGUGGAGGCUGCAACCUCGAAUUCGUCUGGUUCGAGGACGUCUGCGAAGAUGCCAUCUCGAUUAAAGAGGACAAGGCCGGGGAUGUGACCUGGAUCGUUGGUGGUGGUGCGUAUCACGCUUCCGACAAGGUCAUCCAACACAACGGUUGCGGAAAGGUCAACAUCAUCAACUUCUACGCCGAAGACUACGGCAAGGUCUACCGCUCCUGCGGCACAUGUGCCAAAUGUGCCCGUGAGGUCUACGUCGAAGGCGUCACUGCCCGCAAGGGUGGAGAGGUUGUUGGAAUCACCAAGGCCAACGGCGACAAGGCCACCCUCAAGAACGUUUGCACCGACGCCAAGACUCCUUGCCAGAACUACAGCGGUCCUGGUGUCAAGGAUGGCGCUUGCUAA